UUGUCUAUCUACCUACGUGUCUGUCUAUCUGCCAUGGCUGGACCACAAAAUUCACGAAUCAUACUUUUGGGAUUACACAAACUAACAAAAAUGUUCAAUAUAGCAUAGACAGAGUCUUUCUCCUAAAUUAAGAAAACAGAACAAAAUAGUAACUAAAAAUUCUCAUCCAAACGCUAAACAAACAAAUGGGUGCUUCACAAUCGGUCUCUGAAAAAUCCAUAUCUGAAUUCACAGUUAAGGACGCCAAGGGAAAAGACGUGAACCUCAGCUCAUACAAAGGGAAAGUUCUUCUUAUAGUUAACGUCGCUUCAAAAUGUGGAUUUACGAAUUCCAAUUAUACCCAGUUAACUGACCUUUAUAGCAGAUACAAAGAUAAAGGACUUGAGAUAUUGGCUUUUCCAUGCAAUCAGUUCUUAAACCAAGAGCCUGGGAGUAGUGAGGAUGCAGAACAAUUUGCCUGUACAAGAUUCAAAGCCGAGUAUCCAAUUUUUGGAAAGGUACGUGUGAAUGGACCCGACACAGCACCUCUGUACAAAUUCCUUAAAGAAAAGAAAUCUGGUUUUCUAGGGUCUAGGAUAAAGUGGAAUUUCACAAAGUUUUUGGUUAACAAGGAAGGGCUUGUGAUCCAGCGAUAUGGUCCAACCGCUACACCAUUCUCAUUUGAAGAUGAGAUCAAGAAGGCAUUGGGGGAAGCUUGAAAAGGAUGAUGAUAACAAAAUGCAUGUAUAUUUGGUAGAUGUUGUUUCUUCUAGUGAUUAUUUGUUGCAUAUGUUAUGUCUAGAGGUUUUGUUAUGUUAUCUCAACUCUUGUAUUGAAAUUAUCUUUUGGUAUUGUGAUAUAAAUCUUUGUUUAAAAAAGUUUGUCUUUUGGAUGCUAGUUAGAUUAUUACAAAACUGAUUUGUAAAAUUUGUCUUGAGAAUAUAAUGCGUUUGUUGUGAUAUCACAUAA